AUGGCGAAAAGAAAAGCUGAUGCUUCGCCAGAGGCAAAAUCAACCAAAAAACCAACAAAGCAACCAACGGGUGCUGCAUCGGUUUCAAUUUGUAUCCCAUCCGGUGUAAUAUCAUGUAAAAAUGCUUACAACUUGCAACAGAAAACAAUGAUUGCUUAUCAAAUUGCCAAAGCUAGUUUGAUUUAUAACGUAGCUGAAAUCAUUGUAUUGAAAGAGCUGCCAAUUAAGCAGGAGGAGUUGGUUGCUGAGGCACCUGUAGGUGAAAAGAAGCAAAAUGUAUCUACAGUUGGGAAGAAACUUGUGUUUGAUGAGGAUGACACGAGUACAACAUCGCAGUCUGCCGAAACAACCCCUUACAAAGAAAGGGGUGAUGAAGAAGCAAAUGAUAACGUUGAUGGUUCCAAUGACGAUAACAGCAGUAAUGACGAUGAUGAUGCAUUAUUAUUGGCUAGUCUAUUGCAGUUUUUCAUUACUCCUCCAUAUCUAGUUAAAACCAUGUUUCUGCCCCGAUUAAAUCCCAAAUUUACCCAUAUUUUACCUAAAUUCAAAUAUGCAUUUAAAUUACCCAAGAUCCCCAGUUUACCAUUUAUGCAAAACAACAACGUAUAUCAAGAUUUUAAAGAAGGGAUAAUCAUCCCACGAGAAACUCCCAAAAUUAAAUCAUCAUCGCAGAAGGGCAAAUUAGUACCAUCGCCACAUAAGGUCACGGUUAGUAAAUAUGCAAAUAUUGGUGAAUCAGAAGCCAUGAAGUUGGAUAUUGCUAGGGAAGUGCCGGUUUAUUCACGUGUGACUAUUGAUGUACGAAAUAAGACUAUUGUUAGUGCAAAGCAGGCGUAUGGCGUUAGUGGGUAUAAGCUGUCGUUUGGGUAUCAUGUACGAAUGGUGAAUGAGCAUCAAUUUAAUAAAGUUUUUACAAGUUCGCCGUUGAGUGAUGGAUAUAGCCAAACGAUAUUUGUCAAUUGUGAUGAUUAUUUCGAUAAAUGGGGCAAAACGGUGGAAGAAGAGGUUGCCUUAUCUCCGACAGAGUUGGGUACAGAGAAGAAGAGUAGUGAUAAGAAUUUAUUGAUGAUUUUAGGCAAUUAUGCCACUAUUCAACGUAAUUUUGAGUCUGAUGAGGCUAAAAGUGCCAUAUUCGAAGGUUUGGAUAGUGUGCUGAAGUUGUUUGAUUAUAGGUUAGAUACACCCAAAGGAUGCAAAGUUGAAGAAGCUACAUUGAUCGCAUUAACGAAGUUACUCCAAUGA